AUGGUAAAAACUCGUUGGACUGGUCAGCCUGCUCAUUCUGAAGCAGUUGAAGAAGGACAACGUGUCCGACCCACUGCAUCAAGACGUAGACAUGGAAAAGGUCUAAUGGUGGAUGGGCCUUCUAAUAAUGAAGAGGAAGAGCAUGUUGAUGAUGACCAGGAUAUGGGUCAUGGUCAUGAAGUUGAGAUUCAGAUGACUGAGACACAUGAGGAUGAAUAUGAUGAUGAUGCAGAUGGGGGUGGGAGCACAGAUAAUGAGGAAGGUCAAGAGAAUGUGAGAGAAAACGACGAGAUAAGGAAGCGGCUGAAACAGAUAUAUGCGGAUAAUAAGAAGAAGAGAUCAUUUCCGGGUGGCCCCGACAAUUUAUCUGUCAUACGUAGCUAUGGCAGUCAUGUUGCUGAGAGGGUGUGGAGGUCCUAUCUCGACGAUAGCGUACCGGAUAGGGGUAUCUUGACUGUGUAUAAUAACUACAACAAGGUGGGAAGUAGUGUUGGUUUAGAGUGUGAGUACAUUGCUAAUGUUCUGCGGAGGUCGGGCCUUGCUUCUCUUGCAGAUAUCCGAUACAAACAAAUUGACAGGGGACUUAUUUCUGCCUUUAUAGAGAGGUGGCACCCUGAGACCAAUUCGUUCCAUUUUCCAUUUGGUGAGAUGACCAUCACCUUAGAUGAUGUGUCUUGUCUUCUCCAUAUCCCUGUUCAUGGGAGGUUUUUCACAUUGCCUGAUUUUGAUCUUGAUCAGUGUGUGGAUGUAUUGGUUUCACACAUAGGGGUGACUCGCACACAGGCGUUAUCGGAGCUGGAAAAUAACAGAGGUCCGAAAGUGUGA